AUGGAGCUCAGACAACUUCCUCUUGUGCUCUUGCUUAUUUCAAACAUCUGCUCCCAACAUACUGGAGAAAGACCAAAAGCCAAAGUGACCAUCAAACCUGCUCAACAUGUAUUCAGUGGAGAGACAGUCACUCUCAGAUGUGACAUAUAUGAUGAAGGAGUCACUAGAUGGCGCUACACCUGGUAUAAAAAAGGUUCAGGCAGUGUUUUCAGUGAUCAACAGGAACACAGAUUCAGUCCUGUUAAAGAGGUUGACGCAGGUAAAUACUCCUGUUAUGGAGUAGAGACGGAAGGAUCACGAACAUCAAACAGUGAUGAAGUUACGCUGACAGUAUCAGUUCCCAGAGCAGUUUUAAGUGUUUCUCCACAGAUGUGGUUGACUGAAGGAGAUUCAGUGACUCUGAUCUGUGAGGUUAAAGGCUCCUCUACAGGCUGGACAUUCAGCUGGUUCACUGAAACUGUCUCAUCGGACUACAGCAAUCAUCAUAAUCUGCUCUCAGACAGCAGCAGAGGAGCUGGAGGAAACUACACUGUCAGUUCUGCUGCUCUAAAUCACACAGGAGUUUAUGUGUGCAGAGCAGAGAGAGGAAAACCAGCCUAUAACACACAGUACAGCAACACACAGUUAAUAUGGGUCACUGGUGUUUCUCCUCCAGUCUCUCUGAUCAUCAGUCCCAACAGAACUCAACACUUCACAUCUGUCUCUUUCUAUCUGAGCUGUGAGGACCAGAAUAACUCUACUGGAUGGAGAGUGAGAAGAAACACAGACAGAUUUGGGCUGAAAUAUUGUUCAUCAUCAGUGUGGGGAUCACAAACAGGAUCUACAUGUACAAUCAGAUCCACAAUGAUAUGGGACACUGGAGUGUACUGGUGUGAGUCUGAAUCUGGAGAGAAAUAUCAUCCUGUUAAUAUCACUGUACACUCUGAUGUGAUUCUGGAGAGUCCUGUUCAUCCUGUGACUGAAGGAGAUACUCUGACUCUACACUGUUUAUAUCAACAUACAACACCACCAAACCUCAGAGCUGAUUUCUAUAAAGAUGAAUCACUCAUCCAGAGUCAAACUACAGAGAUGAUCAUCUCUACUGUCUCAAAGUCACAUGAGGGUUUCUACUACUGCAAACACCCAGAGAGAGGAGAGUCACCCAAGAGCUGGAUCUCAGUCACAGCUUCCUCCAGAAGAUCAGGAUCUGAUGGUCUCAAUCCUGUGAUAGUUGGAGUGUCUGCUGGACUGACUGUCACAUUUUUCAUCAGUGUCUUCUUGGUCCUGCUGUGGUGCUACAGAAACAACAAAGGUGGAAGAUCUCAGUCUCCCUCUAGUGUCAGUCAACAGCAGAACAGCAGUCAGACAUCAGAGCAGAACCAGAGUGAAACAGGAAAUAAAACACUCAUGUCUGGAACUGCUCAUAUUUAUGACUCUGUUGAUGCAACAAUUAAUAAAGACAUAAGCACAGACAUUGUAAGUGGAGCUACUGAACUCACUUAUGCUGAUAUUGAACUCAAAUCUACAGAGAAACAGAAGAAAAAGAAAGAAAACAAAGGGAAAACCAGUGAAAGUUCAGACACUGUUUACUCUAAACUGAACCUGGUGACCCAUCAAGCUGCUGGAUCUAGUGAUGUGACAUAUGCUUAGAUUGAAUAAAUGGCUGAAGGAGAAACGUUCAAUUCCAGGACGCUGAUGAGUUUAGGUUGAGAAGGGCUGGAGAAUGACCAGGAUCAUCAAUUCUGAAUCAUCUUUGUGAUGCUGAACAACUGAUGACAGUAUAUAUAUAUCAGUAUUUAAUGUCAGUGAUUAUCUUUUUAACUGUAUUCUGUAUUCUUAAAGGUUACGUCAUUAUGUGGGAAAGAAAAAUUGUUGAUUUUUUUUUUUUAACUGUUGUGAAAGUUUCAGUUUCUCUUUUGUUCUUCUUGAUUUUAAAUGUAUUUGUGGCGGGGUUUUCAUGGUCAUAAAAACAUUGUGAUUUUCAAGUCUGGAAUAAUCAUGGAAAUAUUCUAGGUUAUAAACGUGUGUAGUGGAUGUUCAAUUUUUUAGCUAUUUUUUAGCUCUAAAAUAUUUCAUUGCUAUAUACAGUACCUCUAUGUGUGUUUAAUCUUUAGAUAUGAAAACUGCUAAAACUGGUCAAAUGAUUUUGACUUAUGUUGCAGCUUGCUUGUUGUUCUUAGUUUUAAAUUAGAAUAAUUGUUCACAAUUAAAAUUAUAUACUGUAGUUUUGCUAUAAUAUUUAUACUUUCAGUUUAUAUCAUUACAAUAAAAUAAGAUUUAAUUGCUACAGUGCCACUUUGUAGUAUGAGUGUGAGCAAAUUGGUCAUCAUAAAUGUGACUACAUGGCAUGUUUAUGUUUGAGCAAAAAUGUAUAAAAAUAUCUGAACAGAUUGAACAGAACUAAAUUUUACAUGAAUGUCUUCAAUCACUCCAAUACAUUUUAAUUGUUUAGUAAUAACUUGUCAAUAUCCUUAGUUUUUUUUUUUGUUGUUUUUUUUUUUGAAAACUGAGUAGGUCUAGGUUCAAACUGGCGAUGAAGGGACUAGUUAGCUUGAAAAGUUUAACUUCAGUCCAUUCCUACGAGCAGCUCUUCUAUUUAAUGAAGAAAAAAAGAUGACCAAGUUUAAACUGGUGACGACUUUAUGGAGGGAAGUUCAAUUUAUGACCUUCCUGUGAGCCUUUCAUCACUAACAUCCCUAUCACAGACUCUGGCUUCAGAAAAUCACUCAAAUCCGAUUCAUUCUGGACAGCUAUAUUUGGUGCCAUUAAUAAAAUCAUUCAAGCUGAUUUGAACAGAGAUUGUUUAAUAGCAGGGAACUCUAAUCCCUUUAGAGCAGUGAUUCUCAAUCCUGGGACCCGGGGCACCCCUGCUCUGCCCAUUUUGCAUGUCUACCUUAUUUAACACACCUGAUUGAGAUGAUCAUCAGCUCGUUAGUUCAGUUCAUGGAUCUCUCUCCUAAUGAGCUGAUGCUCUCAAUCAGCUGUGUUAAAUAAGGGACGAGGAUUGAGAACCACUGCUUUAGAGUUUCAAAUUGUCUAAAAGUUCUUUACCCUUACAAAUAUCUACAUUAUAUGAUCUCAUACCUGUCAAGUAUCCCGUUUUGGCCGGGAAAGUCCCGUAAUUUACCCUUCUUUCCCACCGUCCUCCCGUAUUAGUAUUUUCCCGUAAAUCUCCCGUAUUUUAACCUGCAUUAUUAAAAAAAAAAUUACUUACUCUAGUAAGUAACUACUUACUCUAGCAACCACCCUAGCAAUGGUCAGACACACCUGGAUAAAUUAAAUAUAAGUAUGUUUAGUUUGUUAGCAGUAACCUAUAAGAGCAGAAUAAAUAUGGCUAUGUAAUAUGAACAAUAUGUACAGAUAUGUGCAAUGUAGUGGCAGUAUCAUUAUAGUAGUAGUAAAAACAAUAUAGAUAUAUGCAGUGUAUUAAUAGAAUAUAUUACAGAAAAACUGAAUAAAUAUGGAUAUUUAGUAUGAACCAUAUAAACAGAUAUGUACAGUAUGUACAGCUAUGUGCAGUGUGGUAACAGUACCAUUGUAGUGCAGAAAUUGACAGGAAAUAAAGGAGCUGGCUUAAGUUCAGGGAGUAGUGGAGCUUAGUCAAACACUUGUUUUACUUUACAGUGGAAAGGCUAGGGGCCCUGUUCCCUCAGUUGAGGCUGAAAGAGGAUAAGAUGAGGGAGGAAUUCACAGACUAUCAGGUGACAGAUAGCAAGCAACUCCCCCAAGAAGACAGAAUCGACAGAUUUUGGGGCCUGGUAGGAAAGGACAUGAGGUUCAGUGAGCUGCCAAAACUUAUGAAGGCUUUACUAUGCAUUCCCCAUAGCAAUGCAAGUUCAGAAAGGGUGUUUAGCAUGGUACGAAAGAUUGUUACAGAGAAUAGGAUGUCGUUAGACAACAGAACUGUUUGUGCUCUGCUCUCAUGUAAAAUUAACCACUCUGGCCCAGCCCACAAAUACACUCCUUCCAAAACAGUCUUAAAGAAUGCAAAGUCUGCAACAAAUGAGUACAAUAAGUCACUAAAAGAGUAAAGAAAAGUUAUGUGAAAUGAAAAGAAAAACUGUACAAAAAAGCAAUACGAAAUGAAUGAGUGUGUGAAUGUGAAAAGAAUGUGGAAUGAAAAUGAAAUGUAAAUGUAAAGACAAGCAAUGUUAAAUGAACAGAAAAUAUGCAAAUAAGCCUUUAAAUAAAUGCUCUUCAUAUAUACCCUUUUGUGUUUUCAUUUAGGCUAUGAAUGUUCACAGCAUGUCAAUGUCAACAAAGGUAGGCCUAUCAUUGGCUUUAUG